CUCUCGGGUAUUGUCAAAGAACACAGGGCCACUCUUCAGGUCGCCAGGGUCGCGAGGGUCGCGCUUGCUGCACGGUACUUCGUAGGGCAGGCAGGGUAGGCACUGCCUCACGAAUGAGAGCGCCCGAGCGCGCCUGCCUUCGCAGAAUCCCCAGCCCGCCAAAAGUCCCCGAAACAUUGGAUCCGCUCUUGAGACGUGGAGCCAUUCGAGGUUCUUCCCGCGACCCUCAUACCACUCGCUAGUACCUUGGAGCCGACAACAAACGCGCAUUCCUCGCAAAGCGCAACGUUGGCCAAGCGCGUUACUAUUCCAGGAUAGCUGACGCAGCUCCGCAACCACCUCCGCUGACGCCCGCAACUCGACGCAACGGGCAUACCUGAGAACUGUCCGCGGAAGAGUUGGAAGACCCGCAAGAGCUUGGACUGCAGCAGGGCUGCGCACAUAGUGCUUCACACAGUUUUCGGCCGCAAUGGCCGGCCGGCCUGGAGAUGGGCAGCCGUCUAACAGCCAGAAUCUGAUCGACUUCGACGAACCGCAACCGCAAUAUUACUCUGGUGCUCGGCCGCCCGUAAACGACGACGACCUCCUCAACCGCUUCGACAUUGACCACUCGGACACUGCGCCGCAGGGAAGGCCAUCUGUGUCCUAUGAUGACUUCGUUGGCGGAGGCAGACCAGAUGCGUCGAACCUGCCGGGAGGGCCUGGCGCACCUGUAGGGCAGGCGCCAUACACGCAGGCCGGGAAUCGAGCCUACUCGCAGGGUUCCGACUUGAACAACUAUCAGCGCUAUUCCGACGCCGACAUACCCAUCGAUGACGAUGGCCGCUCCACGCAGGGCUACUACGCCGCCGGCAGCGCGUUCGACCCAACCUCGCCGGGGCUACAACGAGGCGCUUCCAAGAAGAACCACAAUAGGAAUAGUAUCCUGAGUCUCGGUGGAGGCCUCACUGGUCGCGUCAAGAACAUGUUGGGUCGAGGCAAUGAGUACUCGGAAAUGGACUUGCCAUUGACAGAGCAUGCGGCGCAGCAGGGACAGUCAGGCGCGAGCACGUACGACGACGGGACAUCAGCGAAAACAAAGAAGCGCAGCUCAGGCAAAUUCAAGUUUGGAUUUGGGAGAGGAGCGCCAGACCCAUCGACUCUGGGGCCCAGGAUGAUCCAACUCAACAACCCACCUGCCAACGCCGCCAACAAAUACGUCGACAAUCAUAUCUCGACGACAAAGUACAACAUUGUUACUUUCUUGCCCAAGUUCUUGUACGAACAGUUCUCGAAAUACGCCAACUUGUUUUUCUUGUUCACUGCCGUUCUGCAACAAAUACCCGGAAUCUCGCCAACGUCGAGAUACACCACCAUCGUUCCACUGUUCAUCGUAUUGCUGGUCUCUGCAGUCAAGGAGUACAUCGAAGAUUACAGGCGGAAGCAGUCCGAUUCACAGCUCAACAACUCGAAAGCGCAGGUCCUCAAGGGGUCUUCGUUCGAAGACACAAAAUGGAUCAAUGUCGCAGUUGGCGACAUUGUUCGAGUCCAAUCGGAAUCACCUUUUCCCGCCGACCUCGUUCUGCUUGCCUCGUCCGAGCCAGAAGGUCUCUGCUACAUUGAAACGGCCAAUCUCGAUGGAGAGACCAACUUGAAGAUUAAGCAAGCCAUCCCAGAGACAGCUGACUAUGUCAGUCCUUCAGAUCUCGGUAGACUCGGCGGCAAAAUCCGAUCUGAGCAGCCCAACAGCAGCUUGUACACCUACGAAGCGACUUUGACCAUGGCGGCUGGAGGUGGGGAGAGAGAGCUGCCCUUGCAGCCAGAUCAGCUUUUAUUGCGUGGUGCCACACUUCGCAAUACACAAUGGAUCCAUGGUGUGGUUGUGUUCACUGGUCACGAAACCAAACUUAUGAGGAACGCCACAGCAACGCCUAUCAAAACCACCGCGGUCGAGAGAAUGGUCAACAAACAGAUUCUCAUGCUCGUUGUUAUCCUUGUUGGUCUUAGCAUUGUCAGUUCGAUUGGCGAUGUGGUCAUACGUGCGACUCGAGCCAAGAACCUUGAAUACCUGCGACUGGAAGAUUUCAAUGGAGCUAAGCAGUUCUUCUCGGAUUUGCUCACAUACUGGGUCCUGUACUCGAACUUGGUGCCCAUCUCGCUCUUCGUCACCAUUGAGUUGGUCAAGUACUACCUGGGUUCUCUGAUCGAUUCAGACCUCGAUAUCUACUAUGAGCCCACGGACACACCCGCCAACUGCCGUACAUCGUCCCUAGUCGAAGAGCUUGGUCAGAUCGAGUACAUCUUCUCUGACAAGACAGGAACUCUGACGUGCAAUGUGAUGGAGUUCAAGCAAGCAUCGAUUGCUGGAAUUCAAUAUGCAGACGAGAUUCCUGAAGAUAGGAGAGCCACUGUAGAGGACGGAGUCGAGGUCGGUAUUCACGACUUCAAGCAACUCGAGCACAACCGUCAGACGCAUCAGAACAGGUACAUCAUUGAUCAAUUCCUCACACUCCUUUCGACAUGUCAUACCGUCAUACCUGAGCGAGGCGGCGAGAAGGAUAAGAUCAAGUACCAAGCUGCAUCCCCCGACGAGGGUGCUUUGGUCGAAGGUGCUGUGACGCUUGGCUACAAGUUCACAGCAAGGAAGCCGCGCGCUGUUAUUAUGGAGGUUGACGGCCAGUCGAAAGAGUACGAAUUAUUAGCCGUGUGCGAGUUCAAUUCGACGAGGAAGCGCAUGUCCACAAUUUUCCGCACACCUGAGGGCAAGAUCGUAUGCUACUGCAAGGGUGCAGACACUGUCAUCCUAGAGCGCCUGGCCAAGGACUCUAAUCCGCACGUUGAAACAACAUUGGCUCAUCUCGAGGAGUACGCUGCUGAAGGUCUCCGGACGCUUUGCCUUGCCAUGCGCGAGAUCUCUGAGGCCGAGUAUCAGGAGUGGUGGCAGGUCUUCAACACAGCGCAAACAACGGUCAGCGGCAACCGUGCUGAAGAACUCGACAAGGCUGCUGAGCUCAUCGAGCAUGACUUCACUCUACUUGGAGCAACUGCUAUCGAGGACAAGUUGCAGGACGGUGUGCCAGACACGAUAGCAACCCUGCAAUCUGCCGGUAUCAAGAUUUGGGUCUUGACGGGCGACCGACAGGAGACGGCCAUCAACAUUGGCAUGAGUUGCAAGCUGAUCAGUGAAGACAUGAGUCUGCUCAUCAUCAACGAAGAAUCGAAGGAAGCGACGAGGGACAACAUUGCCAAGAAGUACAACGCUAUCAUGAGCCAGGGCCAAGGAGGUGCCGAAAUGGACGUAUUGGCUCUGGUGAUUGACGGCAAGUCCCUCACGUAUGCGCUCGAGCGUGAUAUGGAGAAGGAGUUCCUCGACCUAGCUGUCAGGUGCAAGGCUGUGCUCUGCUGCCGUGUGUCUCCUCUCCAGAAAGCUCUCGUUGUCAAGCUUGUAAAGCGUCACCUCAAGGCGAUUCUACUCGCCAUCGGUGAUGGUGCGAACGAUGUCUCGAUGAUUCAAGCUGCCCAUGUCGGUGUCGGCAUCAGUGGUAUGGAAGGUCUGCAGGCAGCAAGGAGCGCUGAUAUCUCGAUUGGCCAAUUCCGCUACCUGCGCAAACUUCUUCUCGUCCACGGUGCAUGGAGCUACCAGCGUGUCAGCAAGGUCAUUCUCUACUCUUUUUACAAGAACAUUGCCAUGUUCAUGACACAAUUCUGGUACUCGUUCCAGAACGCCUUUUCGGGCCAGAUCAUCUACGAGUCUUGGACUCUGACCUUCUACAAUGUCUUCUUCACGGCCGCACCACCCUUUGUACUUGGCAUCUUCGAUCAGUUUGUCAGCGCUCGGCUGCUUGACCGGUACCCACAGCUGUACCGGCUCAGUCAAUCAGGUGUCUUCUUCAAGAUGCACUCUUUCUGGUCGUGGGUCGCAAACGGGUUUUAUCACUCGCUGAUCCUCUACUUUGGGGCUCAGGCUUUUAUCCUGAACGACUGGCCGCAAUGGGAUGGUCGCAACGCGGGCCACUGGACCUGGGGCGCGGGUGCAUACACGGCCAACCUGGCGACGGUUCUCCUGAAGGCCAGUCUGAUCACGAACAUCUGGACAAAGUACACGUUCCUCGCGAUCCCGGGCUCGUUCGUGCUGUGGUUCAUUCUCAUGCCCAUCUACGCGACGGUGGCGCCCAUGGUCAACAUCUCGAACGAGUACAUUGGCGUGAUCCAGCGGCUGUUCCCAGACCCUCGGUUCUGGGCUAUGGUGGUGGUGCUGCCGCCGCUGUGCCUGAUCCGAGACGUGGCGUGGAAGUACGCCAAGCGCAUGUACUUCCCGCAGAGCUACCACCACGUGCAGGAGAUUCAGAAGUACAACAUCCAGGACUACCGGCCGAGGAUGGAGCAGUUUCAAAAGGCCAUCCGCAAGGUCCGCCAAGUGCAGCGCAUGCGCAAGCAGCGCGGCUACGCUUUCUCGCAGACGGACGAGAGCCAGGCGCGAGUGCUGCAAGCAUACGAUACUACACAGCAGCGUGGACGGUAUGGAGAGAUGGCGAGUUCGAGAAAGUAAGGUGUUGGGUUUGUGUUUGGGCGUUUGGGGCGACGACAUGAUGGAAUGAAUGACUUUGUUUCCAGCUCGAGCUGAGAUGGCGUGGAAGAGAGUGUUGUGUAGGUGCUAUUCAAGACGGUGCACACGGAGAAUUGCAAAGACGGUGCACACGGAUACAUUGCAAAGACGGUGCACACGGAUACACUGCAAAGACAGUGCACACGGAUACAUUGCAAAGACGGUGCACACGGAUACACGCUCCCAUGCUGCC